AUGGUUGUUUGUAUCAGCCCAGCACAGCCCAGCUACGGAGCCACCCAUUUCGAUCUCCAAGGUCAACAAGGUAUAGUCGGUGAUUCAUUUGUCCUUAUUAAAGAUGGGCAGCAAACCAGCUCCAUUUUCAGAUAUUGGCAAAAGAGCCAAAGGACUAAACUUAUAGAGAAAGACCUGCUGACCAAAGAUUACAACUAUGAUCACAAGCUAACUCUGUCAGUUCUGAGUUCUACUGGAAUGGGGCUUACAGCUACAGGUCUGAAAAAGGAUGAAAUUUUUGUUGGUGAUAUAAAUACAUUGUACAAGAGCAGCAAUACUGUAGUGGAUGUGAAAGUUGAUACCUAUUCUAAUGUAAGAAGAGAAGUUCUUGUAUCUACCAAAGUGACUGUUAAUGACAUUUUGCCUAGCACCAAAGCAGCAUUUAGUUUCAAAAUACCUGACCACAAGUCUGGCAAGCUGGAUGUGCAAUACCUUCAUCAUCAUGCAGCCAUUGAGUCCAGCAUUGGCCUCAAUCCAAAUCCUCUUUUGGAGCUCUCAGCUGCAAUUGGAAGCAGCAAUCUUAGUUUGGGCGGUGAAGUUGGAUUUGACACUGCUUCUUCUUCGUUUAUCAAAUAUACUGCUGGGAUUGCCUUGAACAAGCCAGAUUUCUCUGCUGCACUUUUACUAACUCCGCAGAAGCAGCUUAUUAUGCUUAAUAGGACGGACAAAGGACAGAUUCUCAAGGCAUCUUAUGUCCAUUCAGUGGAUCCCUUCCAUUCAGUUGCAGCUGAAAUGACUCAUCGGUUUUCCACCCUUGAAAACAGUUUUACCAUUGGAAGUUCUCAUGCAGUGAAUCCAUUUACAGUGGUAAAAACCCGAUUCUCUGAUAAUGGCAAGGCUGCAAUGCUAUACCAACAUGAGUGGAGACCAAAGUCAUUGAUAACUUUUUCAGCCGAGUAUGACUCAAAGGCCACCCAUGCAGCAACCCCCAAGUAUGGCAUUGCUCUUGCUCUGAAGCCAUGA